AUGGGCGACUUUGCGUCACGGAAGUCUUCAAACUCCCGAUUACCUCCGGAAGUCAACCGCAUUCUCUAUGUUCGGAACUUGCCCUUUACGAUCACAGCGGAAGAAUUGUAUACCAUCUUUGGAAAGUACGGAGCUGUUUAUCAAAUUCGAUUAGGAGACAAGCACAAGGACACCAAGGGUACUGCCUUUGUGGUCUAUGAGGAUAUAUACGAUGCCAAGGCGGCCGUGGAUCACUUGAGUGGGUUCAAUGUGGGUGGUCGCUAUUUGGUGGUCUUGUAUUACCAACCCGCCAAAUUCCAAAGACGAGCCGAAGCGGAAGAGAAACAAAAGGAAUUGGACGAACUCCGGCGUCGCGUGGCCUCCAACAAGGCAAAAUUGGCAAAAUCAGGGAAAUAA